AUGUCGAAUCCACUAACCUUCCUGCAGGACACUAUUAGAUUACAUGGCGACUCUCCAGCACUCACGCGAAGUACGUCGCCCACACAACAUGCAUCACCAAGCUCCUCAGACUCGUCAGCGACGAUAAAACCACUACCCACGAUACCACACAUGCCCCCUCCCUACGCAGACCAAGAGCCGUACCGUGAUGAUCCCCCAACACCCACAGAAGGCAUAUCCUCGACGCGUCAUCAACUCAAUUCACCCACAUAUGACCCGCACUCUCAGCACAGUCUGGUGUACCAACCAUACACAGACACCUCACCACCUCACACACCAAUCGCCGACGACGUACCUCUUGCACAUCUCCUCUCCACGCACACGUACACUCAAUCAACUGAGUUCUCGAUCCAAUCUGACGAUGCUUUCUACUCAGCUGAUGCACCACCGUCAUACGCAGUCGCAGUCCGACAAUCAUAUCGCGACACACUCAUCCAAUACAUACCUAGCAGCCAGCACGACUCCCGAGUUGCAGAGGACGACGAAAGCCAAAUGGGUAUAGACACGAUAAGACCAGAUGAUGUGCGGUAUUCGGUCGAGAGAAUCGUCGCCAUGUUUGUUGUUGCGCUGCUCUUGUUGGUAGUGUCAGGGGUGCUUGCAUGGCUUGCGCUAGGGAACAUGGGAUGGCAUAUGCAGCAGAGACCCACCCAGGCUCGGGCUCCACUCUCAGCCAAUUCCUCGGGGACUGCGCCGCACCCCCAGCCGGCGGGCUUUCCCUCACACAGCCUUGCAGCUUGCUCCGUUUGGACAGUGCCCAGCUUGCUGUCAGCCGCAGCAGCACCUCUCCCAAAUAUCCUUGAUCGCACCCCACCCGCUGAUUCUCAGCCCUCUCCCUCGCUCAGUCUCAUGAAUUCCAUGAACACCCGUUUCAAGAACCUAGUGGGUUCGAAACGAAAGAGUUCCUCACACAACCCCUCGCCCACUCCCCAGAGCAAUCCCGCCCCCACAGGCACCCAACGACCAACCUCGCUGUCCCCCCAGGCCUCGUCAAGCAGCUCCUCGCUCCCCAUGAAUCCCCAAAACCCGCUGGGCCGCCCGCCCUCGUACACAUACGCCCCUCCGGGCGGACUCGGUGCGCCGCAACAACAGCACGGCCGACCCGCGAGCCCUCUACCGCCCAUCAACACGGGCGCGCCUGGCUACCCUCCCCAGCAGACGCCCAUGGGCUAUCCGCCGCAGGGUGGCCCGCCUGGCUACCCUCCCCAAGGCCCGCCUGGACAAUACGGCCAGGGCUACGGUGCACCUCCGCCUGGAGCUCCUGCCCCUCAUGGUGCGCCCACAUCAUACAACAGGCCCUCGGGCAUGGCAGAAGUAGCCGGCGAAGGUCGUUCCAAGGCCCAGCUCAUUGUUGGCAUCGACUUUGGCACUACCUUCUCAGGCGUCGCAUUUGCCUUUGCUACCAACACUGAGGCCAAGGAAGACAUCAUCACCGAAUGGCCUGGCGCCGGUAACCAGACAAAGCAGAAGAUUCCCACCGUCCUCUACUACGACCAGUACCAGAAAGUAGUAGGAUGGGGCCCUGACAUCGCCGAUGCUUUGGCCCCCACAGGCUACCCCAAGCCUGGUGUGCAAAAGGUCGAGUGGUUCAAGCUGCAGCUUAUGCUGUCCGGAAACACAUACAUUGAUCCCAUCAACCUCCCACCGCUACCUCCGGGCAAGUCUGAGAUCGAUGUCGCCGCCGACUACCUCUUCCACCUGCGCCAGGCAAUGCGCAACCAGCUGCAAAAGACGCUUGGUGAGGUUUUCAACCGAGAGGAGCGCAACAUCAGAUACUACCUCACGGUGCCUGCCAUCUGGAACGAUGCUGGAAAGGCUGCCACGCGCGCGGCUGCCAUUCAGGCUGGUUUCUUGCGGGACGAAAACGACAACAGAUUGACACUCAUCACCGAACCCGAAGCCGCCGCUAUGUUCUGUUCAAAGACUGGUCUGCUCAACCUCAAGAUACACGAUGCCGUUCUCAUCGUCGAUUGCGGUGGUGGAACCGUCGAUUUGAUCGCCUACGAAGUCGAAGAAGAGCAGCCCUUCUCCGUCGCCGAAUGCACAGCUGGAUCCGGAGACUCGUGCGGUUCCACUGCGCUCAAUCGCAACUUCAGCAACAUUCUCCGAGCCAAGAUCAGGAAGAUGAAACUCCCAGAUGGUUCCAAAACCGCCGGCAAGGUGUAUGCCAAAUGUAUCAUGGAUUUUGAGAAUAGGAUAAAAGCCGAUUUCCGAAACAAUGGUCAGAAAUGGGCCGUCGACGUUGGUAUCGAGGCAGAGUUCCCCGAGGCUGGCAUCGAAGAAGGGUACAUGACUUUCACGAACGAGGAGAUUCUGCAGUGCUUUGAGCCGGUCGUGAACCGUAUCCUUGAGCUUGUCAGGAAUCAGAUCAUCGCCAUCCAGGCACAGAACCGGUCAUUGCAGAAUGUCUUGGUUGUCGGUGGUUUUGGAGCCUCUGAAUACCUCUUCCAACAAAUCAAACUCCACGUUCCACCUCAGUUUCAAUCAAAGGUCGUCCGCCCCAUGGACUCCGUCGCCGCCAUCGUCAAGGGAGCCGUCACAGCAGGUAUCACCGAGCGUAUCGUCACACACCGUGUUGCACGUAGGCAUUACCUCAUGGCAACUCUCCAGCCCUUCAAAGAGGGCCACCACCCCGAACAAUACCGAGUCCCAUCUCUUGACGGCAAGGAUCGCUGCAAGUAUACACGCCAAAUCUUUGUGCAAAAGGGACAAAGAGUCAAGAUCGGCGAGCCGGUUAAAGUCUCGUUCUUCAGACAAGUUGCACCCGGCGCUACACUUAUGUACGAGGAUAUACUCUAUGCGUGUGAUGACGAUGUUUGCCCAGAAUACACCAAAGACCCUCGUAUCAAGGAAGUUGUCACACUCACUUCUGAUCUCUCACGAAAGAAUCUCGAAAAAGAUUUUGAACGCAUGGACACGCCCCAAGGUACCUUUUACCGUGUCUACUUUGACAUUUACCUUACUCUCGAUGGCUCGGAGUUCAAUGCCGAGCUGGUUUGCCAGGGUGAGGUUAUGGGCAGGUGUACUGCGCGAUUCAGGUAG